AUGAACAUACUCCACUACGUAAUUCUUGUCUUCAUAUCCAUCCAUUCCUCGUUGGCCCUUUCUUCCCAGUUUUCUCCGUCAAACUUCCUCUCUCUUUGGCAUUCAAAACAUCUCUACAAAUUUGGCGACGACAUCGAUCUCUUGGUAAACACAGUCUCGUCUUCUCAGAGCAAUAUCCCCUAUGCAUAUUACAAGGUUCCCUUUGUCUGUCCUCCUUCCUCCUCGGUUAAACCUGUUCAUUUGAGUCUGGCGGAGAUUCUCAAUGGUGAUAACUUGAUGCAGUCGGACUACCAGUUGGUUUUCGGAAAUGAUUCUCCCUGUUUGAGAUUGUGUGAUAGAAUCAUGGCAAAACGUAACAUUAUCAAAUCAAUCGACCUUAUCAAACAAAACUAUAUUGUUGAUUGGGUGAUUGAUGGAUUGCCCGCCUCCACUACGUUUAUUUCUGACAAUCUAACCGAACGUAAGAAAUAUUACGUGCCUGGGUUCCCCAUGGGAUUUGUUAAGGGCGAUGACGCAUACGUGAAUAAUCACGUUUUAAUGGUUAUCAGGUACCAUAAGGAAAAGGACAACCAAUAUUCAAUUGUUGGGUUUGAAGUUUACCCUAAAUCAGUUAAUGAUUUCACAUGUCCUGGUGCUUCGAAAAAUUUUGAACAUACAAAACUGGACGCUUCAAAUGACUUCCAAUUGAUCCACUUCACUUAUUCAGUCUAUUGGAAGGAAGAACCCGAAAUUGAUUACAAUAAUAGGAUGAAACUAUUUAUUGACCCCUCUUUGAUCGACUCAAAUGGGAAACUUUUGUCAAAACCUUCCAAUAAUAAUAAGGCAAUCCAUUGGGUUUCGUUGAUUAACUCUCUGGUCUUGGCUACAUUUGUUUCAUUGGUUGCAGCCUUCAUCAUUCUAAUCAACUUCCGCUCCAGUAUUCAAUCUGCUAGUCAAUCCUCAUUUGCACAAAUCUCACAAAAUUCAUUUACUAAGCCUAGAUUCUUGCCACUUUUAUCAUUGUUAACAGGAUCGGGUGUUCAAUUGGUAUUCACUCUUCUGGCCUCUGGUAUAUUGUCUUCUCUAUUCUUGAGAAAAUCUUUUGCAAACGACUCCAAAAUUUUGGCCUUGACUAUUUUCAUUCUAAUAAUUGGAGGCUUCUUCGCUGGAUUCUCUUCGAUCCAGCUUCUGAAACUCUUUUCCACAAGAGGUGAACAAUUGUCAAUCUGGAAAACUUCACUCAUCUCUUCAUUAUCCGGAUCAAUGUUGAUCUCCUUAGGAUUGGCUAUAGUUGUCGUUGUUAAUACCCUUAUCUUCAGCAAAGAUUCUCCAAGAUCGAUGAAAUUCUCCAAUUUCCUACAGUUGUUUAUCCUUUACAUCUUCUUCCAGCUCCCGAUCUCUUUGAUUGGAGGGUUGAUAUCAAGGAAAUUCAACCUAUUCACAAAUCUACUUUCUAGCUCGUUGGAUUCGGCACCCUAUACCUAUGCUUCAAAUAAAGUAUCAGUGGCAAAAACUCCAUUAUACCUAAGAUUUCCUUUCUCAAUGUUAAUUAUUGGAUUGUUUCCCUGCGGUAUAGUCUUUAUUGAGUCUAGAUUUGUCUAUAUGACCCUAUUGAGUGAACGUGCAACAACCUAUUUACUUGGAUUCCUAGUUUUAUCGGCAAUCCUAUUAUCAAUAGUGAUGAUUGAAAUUGGUAUAAUUUCCACUUAUAUUAGACUACUGAAGAACACCUCCCAAUAUAACUGGCAAUGGUGGACCUUUUUAAAUUGUUCAAUCUCCAUUUGGUUAUACCUUGAAUCGACAUCUCUUUAUCAGUUGCUGAAGAAACUGAAAACUGAAGGAUCAACUUCUCCCUUUUUAUUCAUUGCUUAUAGCUCGAUCUUGAAUACAAUAGUUGCUCUAACGUGUGGUACCUUGGCUCUUUGGAGUGCAACUAUAUUUAUAUAUUCAAUUGUAUUAAUAAGUACAAAGAAGAAAGACUGA